GAGAAAGGAUGUGUGCCAUCAGACCAGACGUGAACCUGGAGACCUCCAUGCUGCCGUUUGCCUUGAAAGAGAUUGCGCUGGCUGAGCUGGACCGGAUGGAUCUACAGAAGCAGAUGGUUCUGAAGUUUGCAGCCAUCAUAGGGCCGGUGUUUACAACCCAGCAGCUGGUUCACAUCCUUCCCAUCUCUGUAAAUCAGUGGAUUAAUCCACUGCUGGACAUGCUGGUGAAGGACAACAUCCUGAAGCGGCUGGAGAACACAGAGGAGCCGGAAGACGUGCAAGGUGCUCCAGAGGGGCCGGCCACCUCCGGGCAGGCAGGAAGCGGGGUGGAGAGGCCCUCCGUGAACACGGGGUCCAGAAAACAACAGUCUGACGUCCUGGCCUUCUGCGCCCCACUGCUGUGGGAGGCGACGUACGAGCUGUGGCCCACGAGGGAGAGGGUGAACAUUCACCGCCAGUGUGCCGCCUUCCUGGAGAAGCAUGCGCACAAAUGCCAGAGGUGCCACGGAGGGGACUUUGUGGCCUUCCACCGCUUCGGCGUCUCCAGCCCCCAGAAGCAGGGGAGCUGCCAGGGCUCUGCUGAUGAGGAUGACUGCUGCAGCUGGGAGGCCUUGGUAGUUGCUGGAGAACACCUGAGGAGGGCCAGGACCCACCCUGCAGAGGGCGAGAUUCUGGCAGAGGGCGAGCAGACAACUCUGCGGGCCGAGGACGGUGGCGAGUGCUCCUGCCAGUGCGAAGCCAUCGCCGAAGCAGUGCUUGUGCCCCUGGCUCGCCACUACAGGGCAAUGGGCAGCACUUCCCAAGCCCUCUAUUAUGUGCUGGAGUGUGCGGCUGCCUACCUGCACGUCUCCAACAGCUACAUGGCCCUCAUGAAGCUGAGCGAAGCAGAGGCUCUGAGGAGCUCCGUCAAAAAGGAAAGAAAUGCCAUCGACCGCUUUGAGGAGGCCAUCUUCUUCAGCCUCAAAGGAGAGGUCUGCAGUAACGUGGGAUGUGUGAAGCUGGCCAAGGAAAUGAGCAGGCAGGCGCUGAGACUGCUGGAAAAGCGGUUCCCGCGAACCCGUGCCGGGGCCUUUGUCAAGUCUCUGUGGGAAGGGUUGAAGCGUGCUCCUCAGGCCACAGGCAGAGCGUCCUUCCUUCCCCAGGAGGCUCGGAGGAAGAAGCAAGCCUGGCUGGUUCAGCGGAGCAGAUGCCUCGCCUUGCUCGAGGACCUCUACAGCCAGGAGGGCACAUCUGGCGGACAGAGGUUCUCCCGCCUGGCAGCGCUCAUGAAGGCCAACACGGACAGCAAGAUGCACUCCUAUCAGGCAGCAGACUCACACAUUGGACAAGCCUUGAAUUAAGGAAAAUAGGCUUAGACAACGAGUGCAGACAGCGGGUCUCCUGUUCCUCCAAGUGACACCGUUCAGGUACCCUACGUCUGGAAUGCAGACAGCAGGCUAGGACAGUAAACCACAAAUUAACAAAGAAGCAACAAAUUGGUGGACGGAGUUGUAGCCGAUGAGAGGACCGGCCAAAGCCAGGUGAAAGAAUACAGUGAGGAAGACCAUGGCCUUCAUCAGAAAGACCACCAGACAACCAGCAAGAGAUACCACGCAUGCGUAAAAGAACUGAGACGUGGGGGCGGAGGGGAAGGGGGAAAUGUCAAUCUUGUGGAAGGGGGACUCAUCGUAAUAACCCAGCCUCUUCUUGGACAGCUAGUGCAUAUGUAAGCAGCUUGUUUUUGAAGUGUGUGCCUUUCCUGACCUGUGGUAUGCAGGCUUGGAGGGAUUACCCCCCUGCAUCCGGCGUGUGCGCAGCGCUGAGUAAACAUACCUGCUUUAUAACUACUCUGUGGUUAUAGAGUGUGAUUCCGCACGCCAAUUUGGCGAGCCAGCCAGGAGGCUCUUUGCUGGGCCGUGGGGCUGGUCGGCCCAGGAGGCGCUUCUGGUGCGC